UGGUGUGUGUGUGCGACGUGUGCUUACAGCUACUUCCUGUUUCCUCAGUGCCUGUGACAAUAAGCCAGCGGGGCUCAAAUCCCUUCCUCCAGCCCCCUCUCAUCCUUCAGGACCUCCACCUGUUCAGAGGCAGCUCCACCCUCCGGGCCCCCAGAUCUCCAGCAGAGGCCCUCAGGCCAAUCAGAGCCAGCAGUUUGCUCUGCCCCGCCUCCCCACCAGCUGCCCCCCUGCGUCUUUCAGCACAGAACAGAGGUUUCAGAGGCAGCUGUCGGAGCCCUGCUUGUCCUUCCUCCCUCCUGAGACUCCUCUGAACUCUCCGUACCAACCCUCGAGCCGUGAUGGCCGCCCUCUGUACCAGCGCCACCUCUCAGAGCCUCUGGUCCCUCAGAGAGUGUUCAAGCAGGAGCUGGUGGACCCUCGGUACCCAGAGCCGGGACCCCAGAACUCUUUCAAUCACGUGACCAUCAAGCAGGAGCCGCGAGACUACGCCUUCGACUCAGAGGUUCAGCCCUGCCAGUCGUCGUUUGGGAAGUCUCCAGUCUUGUACCAGAAUAACAAUGUUGGGUUUGGUGCUGACAGAGAGCAACACCUGUACUAUGACGACACCUGUGUGGUGCCGGACAGACUGGAAG